AUGCUGAAGACCGAUGAUAACGCUGCUGAUGAGGAGGAUGAUGAUGAUGAUGAUGAUGAUGAUGAUGAUGAUGAUGAUGAUGAUGAUGAUGAUGAUGAUGAUGAUGAUGAUGAUGAUGAUGAUGAUGAUGAUGAUGAUGAUGAUGAUGAUGAUGAUGAUGAUGAUGAUGAUGAUGAUGAUGAUGAUGAUGAUGAUGAUGAUGAUGAUGAUGAUGAUGAUGAUGAUGAUGAUGAUGAUGAUGAUGAUGAUGAUGAUGAUGAUGAUGAUGAUGAUGAUGAUGAUGAUGAUGAUGAUGAUGAUGAUGAUGAUGAUGAUGAUGAUGAUGAUGAUGAUGAUGAUGAUGAUGAUGAUGAUGAUGAUGAUGAUGAUGAUGAUGAUGAUGAUGAUGAUGAUGAUGAUGAGAACUGA